AUGUCUGUCACCUAUCAGUUCCGCACCAAAGCGGACGUGCGAACCGUCGACUUCGAUGGUAUGGCCAUAUCGGUGGCUGAGCUCAAGAGGAAUAUCCGCCAAUCCAUUGACAAUCCAAAGCACAUCGCGAUUGUGAUCAACGACCCGAAGACCGGAAGCACCUACGACUCGGACCAGACUCUGAUCCCAUCGCAAACGCACGUCGAAGUGGUCUUAAGGCGCAAAAAGGCUAAGAAGGGGACACAAGUGACGUAUAAGCUGUAAAUGAUGUC